GAACAACUGGAUUAAAUUAUGGAGAAAUCAUUAGUUCCUCAUAAGUUGACUAACAAUGACAUUUAUGUGACUCAUGCUGAAUUUCAAGGAUGUUUCAUAAAAAUUUGGGCAAACUUUUACUCUCAAAAGAGAAAAAAUUUAGAAAAAAAUGUACAAAAUUAUGAUCAUUACUCAAGGGAAUGUAAUGCAUUAGACCUUUUUGGAAACAAGUUAUAUGUAUAUACUUGGAAAAAUGACUAUGAAUCAAGAGUAUAUAGAUGUCUAAUUAUAUAUUCAGAUUUAGUGGCCAAAACUCACACUAUAGUCCUCAUAGAUUAUGGCCGGACUAUGGUGGUUUCAUAUUUUAAUGUUAGAGAAGUAAUCCAAGAUGUAGAUCCUUCUUUUUUAAUUGAUUUGUGUCAAAGAGCCACAGUAUAUACAUUUUUGCUGAGUACUUGUAUAAGUAAAUCAAAAUCAAAAUCAGACAUUGACUUAAUUAAUAUUUUGUGCAAUAAAUAUUACAAAUAUCGAAGAGACUUUGAAAUUGGUGGUAUCACAUUCAUAUCAUUAUUUGAUGUGGACAAAAUUUUAGUUGACAAAGGCAUAGCAGAUAACAUCAAUUUGGCUACAAUGAUCACCAUUGCUAAUAGUAUGGAAUCAACAAUUGAAUUAAACAAUAAAUCCGAUAUGAUCAACAGUUGCCCAAUUGCAAGCAAAGCGUUAAGCUUUGGUUCUUUUCUACGAUCUCAACGUUUAGAUUUCAUUACUUUAAUAAGCAUAAGUGUCACAAGGGUUGUUAUAGAUAACAUAUCAAUUCUUCUGACAGUCCGGACACUUGACAAUGAAUCUGAAGCAUUA